UGGUACUUGGUAACAACCGUUUUCCAAACCAAAACAGAGCGAGUGUCAUCAGCUUGGUCUUCCUUGUAUUUUUCUCCCCCGCGUUUCACCCUUUUUGAAGCGAAGUAUAAUUUGACAUACAGGCACGUUUUCGAGUGUGUUUAUCACAUGAUUCUACGUAAACGUAUUACUUGAGAGUUGUUCAGGCGUUCAACGUGUAAAAAAUUCAUACAAGUCUUCACAGUUGCAAUCAGAUAUAAGCUUAAGUAUAAACUUUUUCUGUGAUGAUGGCGGCUGUAAACCGGAAAAUUCAUAACACGAACUGAACAUGGAAGACUCACCAAACGCAGAGCAGACUAUGACAGUUGCUGUCAAUAAGGGAUUAGAAACCGAGACAGAAAACAUCAACGGGAGGUCUUCAACUUCUGGUGAUGGGAGUAACAAAGAUAAAAAGAAAGAAAGUGCAAAAGAGGAGAAAAAGGAGAAAAUCGUUCAAGUUCCUCUUACGCAACUGUUCCGGUAUGCUGGUGGAACAGACAAAUUUCUCCUUAUCAUUGGUAUAUUUGGAGCUAUUGCACAUGGAAUUGCAGCACCAAUCCAGUUCAUCAUUUUUGGUGCUCUGAUUGAUAGCUUGGUGAAUUUUGAGAAAGGAACAGUCUCAGACCUAAAUGACAAAAUGAUAGAAUUGGCUCUUUACUAUGUGUAUUUAGCUGUUGGCACACUAUUUGUGGCGUACCUACAAUCAGGAAUGUUUACAUAUACUGCAGUCUUACAAGCUAAGAAGAUUCAAUGCAACUUUUUCCGUGCUGUGCUGCGUCAGGAUAUUGGAUGGUUUGACACUUAUGACUUGGGAGAGUUAAACAACAGGCUAACAGAGGAUGUGCGCAAAGUGAAGGAGGGGCUUGGCCACAAGGUUGGCCUUGCAAUCCAGUACACCGUCACCUUCAUUGCAUCGUUUGUCAUUGGUUUUGUGUACAGCUGGAAGCUUACAUUGGUCAUGAUGUCCCUGACCCCACUCAUGGUGAUUGCUGGAAUGAUCAUUGGAAAGGUAAUGACUGUCUUUACAAACAAAGAGCUAAAUGCAUAUGCCAAGGCAGGAGCAGUAGCUGAGGAAGUUCUCUCAUCUAUACGCACAGUGGCAGCAUUUGGUGGAGAAGGGAAGGAGUACAUCAGAUAUGACUCCUUUCUUGAUGAAGCCAGGUCAUUUGGGACCAGAAAAGGUCUAGCAUCUGGCCUCGGUUUUGGCUUUUUCUACAUCAUCAUGUUUGGCAGUUAUGCAUUGGCAUUUUGGUAUGGUGGUGCAGUUCUUGUUGUAGAUGGUAAUCUUAAUAGUGGUGAUUUGUUUGUGGUAUUCUUUGCUGUAAUGAUUGGUGCCACCCAGCUUGGACAGGCAGGACCAAACAUUGAGGCUAUAGCCACUGCCAGGGGUGCAGCACAUGAGCUCUUUGCUAUCAUCGAUAGAGUUCCACCCAUUGACAGCAGCUCUGAGGCGGGAGCCAAGCCUGGUAAUGUGACGGGUGAUGUCACAUUUAAUGAUAUUCAUUUCUACUACCCUUCUCGAAAUGAGGUCAAGGUGCUGAAUGGUUUGAGUCUGACUGUGAGAAGUGGUCAGACUGUUGCACUGGUUGGCGAGAGUGGCUGUGGCAAAAGCACUGUUAUCAAGCUUAUUCAGCGAUUCUAUGACCCAGAAAAUGGAUCUGUCUGCUUGGACGGUACAGAUAUCCGGUCACUUAACCUGCAUUGGCUGAGACAGCGCAUCGGAGUAGUCAGUCAGGAGCCUGCCCUAUUUGCGACUACUAUUGCAGAGAACAUUCGCUAUGGUCAGGACGGUGUCACUCAGGCAGAAAUAGAACAAGCAGCGAAAAUGGCUAACGCCCACGACUUCAUCACUAAACUACCAAAGGGUUACGAGACAGUGGUUGGUGAGCAAGGAUCUCAGCUCAGUGGGGGACAGAAACAGCGUGUAGCCAUUGCACGUGCCUUGGUGCGCAAUCCCCGCAUCUUGAUCCUAGAUGAGGCAACUUCAGCCCUGGACACUGAGAGUGAGCGGGUAGUCCAGGCAGCAUUAGACAAGGCGCGUGAGGGUCGUACUACCCUGGUGAUCGCCCAUCGCUUAUCCACUGUGCGGAAUGCAGACAUGAUCGCUGCCAUUCAUAAUGGGGUGGUGGUGGAGACGGGCUCCCAUGCCGAGUUGAUGGCCACUGAUGGCGUCUACCGACAACUUGUCACCUUACAGGCAUUUGAAGAAGAGGGAGACGAGGCUGCAGAAGACGUUGAUGAUGUUAAAACCAAAGAGACCACUGCAGCGAUCAAGUUUGUGCGCAGUAUGUCCAUCAAUAGCGAUGAUACGCCGAGUCAUCUCGACCGCAGAGUAUCCCUUCGAGCGUCUCAAAGGAUUUCUUCUGCACUGCGCCGGACUACUAGCCACGGUGAGAAGGGAAAAGAGAAGAUUGUAGAGGAAGAAGUGGAGCCAGCACCCUUCUUACGCAUCCUGAAACUAAACUCUCCAGAGUGGGUUUUCAUCGCGAUUGGUGCCCUGUCCGCCAUGGCAAAUGGAUUCCUGCCUCUCGGAUUCGCGCUUUGUCUCGGUGAAAUACUUACCGUAUUCACCAUAACCGACCAGAAGGACAAGGCGAAGGAAGAAGCGACAUUUUGGGCGCUAAUGUUUCUGGCAAUGGGAGGAAUCAGUUUUUUUACUCAGCUUUUUCAGAAUUACAUGUUUGCAUUGUCUGGCGAAGCGCUUACUGUUAGGCUUAGGCGCAUGUCCUUGAAAGCAUUACUGCGUCAGGAGAUAGCCUUCUUUGACGACCCGUUGCAUUCUACAGGGGCUCUCACGACAGCGCUGGCGACCCAUACGUCUGAUGUCAAAGGGGCUGCCGGCUCUCGUUUAGGGACCAUCGCAACUGGCAUCUCAACAGUUAUAGCUUCCGCUAUCUACGCCUUCAUCAACGGCUGGAAGCUGACUCUCGUUGUGAUCGCCUUUGUACCAUUUCUUGCUAUCGGUGGCGUUCUAGAGAUCAAGGGGUACACUGGAGAUACUGGAGGUCAAAACGACUACAUAGAGUCGGGGAAGGUUGCUGUAGAAGCUUUUGAGAACGUGCGAACGAUCGCUAUACUGGGAAGGGAGAAAACAUUCUUCGAAAGAUACGCCCAGACACUAGUCAGGCCUCAUAGGGCUGCCGUCGUCCGUGCACAUUUAUUUGGUGCCGGGUAUGGCGUGACGGAAGCGAUCAUGUACUUCUGUUUCGCCGCGUGUUUCCGGUACGGUGCACAUCUGAUGGUCGAAAAAGAGAUGACCAUGGAGGAAGUUAUGAAGGUGGUCAUGUGCAUCAUGAUUGCCGGAAUGGUUGCUGGAGAGCUUUUCGCCUUCUCGCCUGACUAUCUCAAGGCCAAAGUGGCAGGUGCCAGGAUCUUCAAGCUUGUUGACCGCAUCCCAGUCAUUGAUAGCGCAUCCGACGAGGGCCUUACCCCUUCCACAGUUCAGGGAACAUUGCAAAUGAGAAGUCUUCGGUUCCGAUACCCUGCCCGCCCAGACGUGAAGGUGCUGCGUGGCUUAAGCCUGGAGGUGAAGCAAGGACAGACGCUAGCUCUUGUCGGUCCCAGUGGCUGUGGAAAGAGCACGACCGUCUCGCUGUUAGAGCGCUUUUAUGAUCCCGAGGAGGGCAAAGUGGCUGUUGAUAAUAGGGACGUUCGCCAGCUGAACAUCAAGUGGCUUCGCUCCAAAAUCGGCAUUGUGUCGCAAGAACCGGUCCUGUUCGGGUACAGCAUCGCGCAGAACAUCGCGUAUGGAGAUAACAGCCGUGAGGUAUCCAUGAAGGAGAUAGAGACUGCAGCCAGGGCCGCCAAUAUUCACGACUUUAUCAGUGGACUGCCUAAGGGCUACGAGACAGAAGUUGGAGACAAAGGCACACUGCUCUCUGGUGGUCAAAAACAGAGAAUCGCUAUUGCGCGUGCGCUGGUCAAGAACCCGCCUAUACUACUUCUGGACGAAGCCACAUCAGCACUGGACACUGAAAGCGAGAAGGUUGUCCAGGACGCCUUGGACGCUGCUAGUGAGGGUCGUACAGUGAUCAUGAUCGCACAUCGCCUCUCCACCGUCAAGAAUGCAGACGUGAUCUGUGUCAUUGACCAUGGGCGCGUAGCAGAGCAUGGCACACACCAGGAGUUGAUGGCCAUGAACGGAAUAUACACCGGGCUAGUUACUGCACAGAUGGUCACUACAGAAAAUCCCGCGUGAUAUAUGACUAUACUAAGCCGAGCUCAUCUGCAGACAGUAACAAGAGUAAACUUGUUAGCCGUUUUAAUCCUCAAUUUUACGCAGGUUUUUAAUGUAUUUAAGUAUUUGUAAAUAUAUUUAUACUUUAAGUAAUCCAAUAACACUACAUAGAACAUUUCCCAGAACUUCUCAUAUUAUUCACCAUUAAGUCUACUUUCUGAGAACUACAGUAUACGUUGUUUUGAGCAAUAUUUAAAUAUUUUUAAGUGUAAAUGUUUGUAGAUAUAUUUUUCAAGAUAUGUAUAAGCUAUUUAAAACAGUUAUGAAACUGAUGUACUCAAAAUUUUCUUUUAAGUAUUUAAAAUAUUUUAUUUAUAUUUUAAGUAAACGUUUCAUUUUGUUUAUAAUGAGUAUAAGUAUGAGUGCUGACUACUCAUUAGUAGUUCAGCUUCAGGGAUGUGUAAUUAAAUUGUUGUGAAUAAAAUGCUAGUGUGCUUUAA